CCGUAGGGCGGGAAUCUCUCAAGCACCGUAUGAACCGAGUGAGUGACCGUCACCCCAAUUCAACUAACUGCACUGUACCUCUGACAGCACAGGACCCCAGAUGUUACUGCGGACUAAAUCCCAAAUAAAAGCAAAUCCGAGCUGAGAAACUGGAAGUACUUGGCUGACAGUCUGAUCCCACUACAAGGCCUUCCUGCAGGCUUUUCUUCCCUGAUGAGCCAAUAAAAAUUGUCCGUGGUGAAGGACAGUACAUGUAUGAUGAAAACGGAAGACGAUAUCUUGAUUGCAUCACGAAUGUAGUCCAUGUUGGACAUGGCCACCCUGUUGUGGCCAAAGCUGCUUUUCAGCAACUGCAAGUCCUAAACACAAAUGCCAGGUUUCUCCAUGACAAUAUUGUCCAAUAUGCCACAAGACUGUCCUCUACACUGCCUGAAAAGCUCUGCAUUUUCUAUUUUGUCAACUCUGGCUCAGAAGCAAAUGAUCUUGCCCUCCGGCUUGCUCGGCAUUACACUCAACAUGAAGAUGUUAUUGUUUUAGAAGAAGCUUACCAUGGACAUCUGUCAUCGCUGAUAGAUAUUAGUCCUUACAAAUUCAAGCAUUUAGGAGGACAGAAGGAGUGGGUUCACGUGGCACCCCUUCCAGACACUUACAGAGGAAGGUACCGAGAGGACCACGAAGACCCGGCACAGGCAUAUGCAGAAGAACUAAAGAGAGUCAUAAGUGAAGCACAUAGCAAAGGAAGGAAGAUUGCUGCGUUUUUUGUAGAGUCAUUGCCGAGUGUUGCAGGUCAGAUUAUUUUACCACCUGGCUAUUUGCAAAGAGCUAGACAACUAAUACAUGAAGCAGGGGGGCUGAUUGUUGCUGACGAAGUUCAUACUGGUUUUGGUCGGAUUGGCAAACAUUUUUGGGCGUUUCAGCUGCAAGGAAAAGACUUUGUACCAGACAUUGUCACUAUGGGAAAACCCAUGGGAAAUGGUCACCCCAUUUCUUGUGUGGUCACAACAAAAGAAAUUGCAGAAGCCUUUACAUCAACAGGAGUGGAGUAUUUUAACACUUUUGGUGGGAACCCAGUUUCUUGUGCAAUUGGCCUUGCAGUUUUGGAUGUCAUUGAACAAGAAGGUCUUCGAGAAAAUGCCACUAAAGUAGGCAAGUACCUGACAGAACUUUUCACCGAACUGAAAAAGAAGCAUCCGAUAAUUGGCGAUAUCAGAGGUUUUGGCCUGUUUCUUGGUGUGGAUUUGAUCAAAGAUAAUGACAAAAGAACUCCAGCAACUGAAGAGGCAGAUAAUCUGAUAAAAAGGUUGAAGAGAGAAGGUAUUAUUUUAAGUAAAGAUGGACCAGGAGGAAAUGUUCUCAAAUUUAAACCACCAAUGUGCUUCAGUAUGGAUGAUGCCAAAUUUGUUGUUGAAAAAAUCGAUGAGAUUUUAACAGGUUGGAACAAAAACUAAAACUCCAUUUUAAAAAUUCCUGAGGUUUGCAUUAAAAAUGGUGUCAUAAGAAUUAUGCUCAAUAAAUUCAUGCAUUUGUA